AUGAAAGGACUCGCUCGUUCAUUUGUGUACUGGCCCGGAAUUGAUGCGGACAUCGUAAAACAAGUGAAAUCGUGUUCUCAGUGUUCUCGUCAGGCUCAUGCUCCACCGAAGUUUAGUGAACAUCAUUGGCAGUAUCCCAAAGGUCCUUGGGAAAGAAUACAUAUUGAUUAUGCAGGUCCGGUAGCAGGUUCAAUGUUGCUGAUCGUAGUCGAAUCGUAUAGCAAAUGGUUGGAAGUAAAGGUAACCCAAUCAACCACAACAGCAGCAACAAUCGGAAUUAUGGACGAGUUGUUUUCAAGUUUCGGAGUGCCUGUAACUAUAGUUUCGGAUAAUGGUCCGCAAUUCACUGCGACGGAGUUCAAGGCGUUUUUGCAGAAAAGUGGAGUGAAAUAUCAUAACCUUUCGGCGCCGUAUCACCCUGCAACAAAUGGUCAAGCGGAACGGUACGUUCAAACGACAAAGGGUGCUUUGAAAGCGAUGGAACUACAGCAUCAACGUUGCAGUCAAACCUGA